ACUUUAUGAUAUUCGUUGAAAACAAUCUUCUUGCGCACCACGAUACAAGAGUUUGAUAUAAAAGUUACAUAUCUUCCAUAUUGGUAAAAUGGUCGUAUAGUUAUGAGACGCUCUUCUUUCUAUUUUUAUUCGUCUUGUGAACAAUAUAUUAUAAUUUGAAAUACGACUGUAUUUUUGAAAGCGAGAUUAAUAAUGAAAGUAUCGAUUCAUACCCUGGAGAACUCCUUUUUACGAAGUUUAGUCGUUGUUUUUUUCCUUCCACUUGUUGCUGGACAAUGUCCGACCGACCUUGACAUUGCUCCUUGCACGUGUCUCGAAAACGAAAUGACCUGUGACAGCAUUACUGCACCUCAAGACUUACAGAAUGCUUUACAAGAAGUGAAACAACUCGAUCUGAAAAAGUUUUUUCUCACUAACUCUAAUAUACCUGCUCUACCUUCUAGCCUAUUCAACUAUAGCGACUUUCAACACAUCAUAGUGGAAAAGACAGAUUUACCCUUUCUUACGUCACCAGUAUCCGGUAUAUCGCCAUUCAUGGGCAUAAUUGGGAUUAUCACACAAGUUGAAUUGCGAGAAGUGAAAUCUCUCAAUAGCUGGGACUGGACUUUGUUUUCCCCACUCAAAACGUUACGUACCCUGAUAAUAAGCGAGUGUUCCUUUGUUUUUAUCCCUAAUACCUUCAGUGACCUAACCAAAACAAAUAUCCAGGAACUAACUAUCAAAAAUUCUGACGUGUGGUGGAUUGGGGAUUCUGCUCUAUCCACGUUAAAUCAACUUCAUACACUUAACCUUUCUGGAAACAAGAUUAAGACUAUUUUACGAAGCAUGUUUCCUUCCAGCAUAAAACAACUGCAUCUAAUGGGCAACGAACUGAAAAGCCUUCCUGAAGAUAUUUUUAAAGGCAUGAAUAAGUUAAUCCUUUUGGAUCUCACGUACAACAAACUUGAGACCUUAUCUUUAUCAUUGUUUCCAGAAUUCGCCCAAAACGUGUCACCUUUGGAAGUUAAAGUUGAAGGAAAUCCGUGGGUCUGCAACUGCAGUAUAGUGUGGCUGUCGAACACUGAUUACGUUGACGUAUAUGAUAUAGAUACUACUACGUGCGCUUCGCCCGAUUCUUUGGUAAAUAAAAUCCUGAACGACGUCGACUGGGCUUCACUUGGCUGCCAAGUUUUGACCACUAGUUAGAAAACACAGUGUAUCUUGUAGAAGACAUAUAAUUCUCCUGUGUGGCAUAAGUAACAAAAUAUGUAUUGUUCAUUUCGCUUGUAGUCAUAUUUCCCUUUUUCCCAUUAUGACCUUAUGUUAUUGGUUUACUGUCUCCUUAUAAUAAUAAUAAUGUUUAUCCAAUACCAAAUAAGUAUUAUUCUGUAAUGAAAACUUGAUUUGCCUAAUUAGUUGCAGGUGUAUUUUCCUUUACUUUAAUAGUUAACAAAAAAUGUUCAAUAAAU